AUGCCUCUGAAUUUUGCAAGGCUACUCAUGAAGCCAGAACUAGACCAGAUGGUUGCGGGCCACAAGGAGGCCAAGACUGCUGCUGACAAGUUAGAAAGACAAAUUAAAGAACUUCAAAAGCAGCUGGCUGGGCUGAGGAGAGGUAGAACAAACUUGGGGCUGGACUGGGCACCAAGACAAAGGCCACUUUUCUUGUGCAGAACAUGGUUGCAGCUUCUAGGCCAGCAUUGGACAUUGCAUAGGCCUUUCUUCAUCAAGGGAUGCUUCUUCAGCAAUAAAUUUCUACCAAGAAAGUCGGAUUGCAAGAAACCCUUUGGAAAUUAA